AUGGAGCAAGGGAGAAUGCUAUUCGAUGCAUCAGCUUUCAUGCUGUUCGAGGCCACCGGCGAUUCCGAAGACCGCGACUCCGGCGCCGCCGCGGAGGCGGAGGAGGAGGAUGAUGCGCAGUCGUGCAGCUCCGCGCGCCUGUAUGAGGCGGUCUACGGCGGCGAGGAUGCUCGCGCCGCGCAAUUGGACGAUUACUCCGACGACGACGAAGAAGAGGACGGCGUCGUCGAUCAAUGCCGGAGCGCGGCGGCGGAGGCGGCGAAGGGAUGUGAAGAAUCGAUGAGGAAUGAGAGAGAGGGGGAUAGGCUCUUCUGGGAGGCGUGUUUGGCGUCUUAG